UGUCGAGCUGAAAGUGCAAGCUGCCAUUUUUUCGAGAUUUUUUUUCAUGAGUUUAGGUUAACACAGCUAAGUGUUAAUUUUGCCAUUAGUCGUUUUCAGUUUUUCUUUCAUACGCUGGUGUGUGAGUCACAUUCAACACAAAUAUUUAAUUUGUUGGGUUUAUUUUAAAUUGGGUUUAUGUGUAGAGUAGCUCAGGACUGCACUGCUCUGCAGAUGGCUGCUCAGCUCGGCUAGCUAACGUUAGCUAGUGUUGUAAACAAACAAGAAUCUGCGAAGGAGCAGCUGCCGUACGCCGCAGGUUUGUUCAGCAGAUCUUGUCAAUAAUUCGGUUAGUUUAGAGCUAACAUAACGUUAGAUGGGAAGGGAUUGAUGUUUAAGUUAAGCGACACAACUUCAGUAUUGAUGACGGUGCGAGUUUCUCAAAUAUAGCUCGGAGCUCAGUUGCUUUAGAGCGGGUCUGCAAGAAGACACCCUCACAUCGGUAUGUCGUCCUUCUCUGAGUCGGCCCUGGAGAAAAAGCUGUCGGAGCUGAGUAGCUCGCAGCAGAGCGUCCAAACUCUGUCUUUGUGGAUCAUCCAUCACCGCAAACACUCGGCCCUCAUCGUCAAAGUGUGGCACCGAGAGCUAAAGAAAGCUAAAAGCAACAGGAAGUUGACAUUCCUGUACCUAGCAAAUGAUGUCAUCCAGAACAGCAAGAAGAAAGGACCAGAGUUCACCAAAGACUUUGAGUCUGUACUAGUGGAUGCCUGUUCCCACGUUGCCAGUGAUGCAGAUGAAAACUGUAAAAAGCACAUGGAGAGACUGCUGAACAUCUGGAAGGAGAGAAGCCUCUACAGAGGUGACUUCAUCCAGCAACUCAGACUGGCCAUAGAAGACUCUAACAGCCCCAGACCCUCAGAAGAAAAGAAGGCUGUAAAACGAAGCUAUCCGAAGAUCCAGGAGGAUGAAGAAGAUGAUGAUGAUGACUACAGAAGCCACACCUCUCCUCGUAACACAGACUCCUCCGCCACUCAGCUGACAGAGGAGUUAGUGAAAGCCCUGCAGGACUUGGAGAACGCUGCAUCAGGUGACGCAGCUGUUCGUCAGAAGAUCGCCUCACUGCCGCAGGAAGUCCAAGAUGUAUCUCUGCUGGAAAAGAUAACUGAUAAGGAGGCAGCAGACAAACUGUCAAAAACAGUAGAUGAAGCCUGUUUGCUGCUGGCGGAGUACAACGGGCGGCUGGCGGCAGAGCUGGAGGACCGCAGGCAGCUGGCUCGUAUGCUGACUGAAUACAUCAGCAGCCAGAGGGAAGCGCUAACGGAGAGAGAGAAGAAACUGGAGGAGUAUAAGCAGAAACUGGCGAGGGUGACUCAGGUGAGAAAAGAGCUAAAGUCCCACAUCCAGAGCCUCCCUGAUCUGUCCCUCCUGCCUAAUGUGACCGGAGGUCUGGCUCCCCUUCCCUCAGCCGGAGACCUCUUCUCCACUGACUAAGAGCUCUCAGCGAAGACACCCUACCACCUUGCAGCUCCCCAGCUGAACUUACAAAAACUCUCCCCAGAGACCACAUGUAGUCAAACCUCUCGCAGAAGAGUAGCCAGCCCACCUGCUAACUCUGACCUGCAGGGCAAGAAGGAGGGAGCGACAUGAAGAGGAAGCUUUGGUUAAAAUCAAUACGCUCUGCAGAGAACUGAGACUCUGACAGUCUGGAUUGAUCUUCAAGGAUUCUACUCCACCAGCUUGGAAGUUUGUUUCCUGAUUGUUUUUAUGUUGUUUUAAAUGCUGGAAAUGACAUGUCAUCCUUGUGUGGGAUAUAUUUUUUCAUUCAGUGAGCAAAGGUGGGUCGUUUGCUCAGUUCUUUGCUAAGAAAUGGCAACACUGUGAUGAGGAUGUACCUUUUUUUUCUUUGGAUUUCAGUUGGUGACUUUUUACUGACACACCGUCAAAUAGGCAGUUUUGAUGUGGUUUCAAUUAGCAAAAAUAUCAGAUUUGAUUCAGUGUAUAUUGUGUUUCACUUGUUUUGACAGCUGUUACACAACACUCAUUUCUGUAACACUCGAUUUAGCAGGAUUUUGUGGGACAGAAUCAUACAGACAGAUCUUACAAGGUCAAGACACAGUUUAGUGUUUUUAUUACCAUCUGCAAACAUUUUCCUCAGUUUUGGACAGAAAAAUGCAGCUCUAAGGAUCAGAUUUUAUGCUUUAAUUUGAACAGACACUUGAAAUAUUAGAAUAAGUUUCAUUCAAGUGUUUGAGUUUUGAAAAAAACAACAAAUCUUGGAUAUUUGAUCCCCUGUGUACUGUAUAUGUACUUGGAUAAAAAAGACAUUAUUUUCUGAAAAGGAUCAU